UCCUGAUGUAAACCCGAUCUUUAUAAAUAGACCCAUAGUUUUAUGGGUGGAAUCAUUCUUAUGUAUGAUCAAUGUCAUUCACUAAACAAAGAUGAAAUUGCAGGAACGUCUGGAUUAUUAGUCAAGGAUUAAUUUCACGUAAACAUAAUAUACAGACAUUUUUUGCUAAUAAGAAUAAAAGACCUCUGAUAUGGACGAAAUAUUUUCGUAUAUUCCUAUCGUUACGACAAUCUUAGUCUUCAAGAUAUUUGUACUAAACGUAGAUUCGUACGACUUGCAAUGUCCUUCACAGCCAAACUGGACUUUUCGAGCGAAAGUAAAGUGUAACAGUACCUCAAAAUAUUUUUGCUUGUACAACAGAGUGGACGGGAUAUAUGUCGAAGGAUGUAAUGGACCAGACUGGGAUAGAAAAGGGAGUAAGCGAAUUUAUAUCGGAGACUUUAGCAGAGGAAACUGUUCAGAGAAACGUUUUCAGCCUUUAAAAUUCUGGACUAAUGAAAGCAUGAGUGAUUGUAUCUAUGUUAAGUCAAACUGUAGUGAGGAUGGACAGAUUGUAUACAUGGACCAUUCACCGAAGAAUGAUAGAAGGUGUCGAUGUGAUAACAAGAAAAACUAUUCGUUUAUAAAAACUCCAAGAAAUGGUUGUUAUUGUAUACCAACAGAAGAAGACUGUUCAUGUUAUAUUAAAACAUGUCCAGUAAAUUUUACACUGUCAGAAGAUUAUGAUUGCAUUCCUAUGAGCUACCAAGAAACACCAAAAUGUAUUAAUAUAACGAGAUAUUCGGAAACCACAGAUGAAAACAAAUGGGUCUUGGUGAAAAAUGAUCACCUGUUGUUGAAUGAAACAUCCUUAAAGUCCAAGACAAAUUACGCUCACGCGUUUUUUGGCACUCUGUUCAUAUCUAUUAUUGGAUUAAAUGUUAAAUACCAAGUGUAA